AUGCGUCGUGGACUGAAGGAAAAAUUGUCUAGUGUUUUUGAUGAUCUUCAAAGAUCUAACACAACACAAUCGUUCAAUAAUAACAAUGAACGACGGCAUUUAAAAGAUCGUUUUGUUGGUACUGUCAAAGAGAAAAGUGAUGCAUUGGUGUCAGCAGUUCAAGAACACUUUACAUCAAUGACUGACACAACAGGAGCACUGGCAAAACAAAAACUAUUACAAACAUUGUUUUCGUCCGGUCUGGUACACAGCGAAGAUAUUCGAAAGGCACUUCAAAUCGGCAUUGGUUAUUUUCUUAGUCGACCUUACGAAAAUACAUAUGGCUUAUCUACAUAUGUUCUACGAGAAAAAUUCCCAGCUAGUGGUGGUGUCAUACCACCACAUAGUUUAGCUGAUUUUGAUUUUGAAGCUUAUGGACUUGAUACAUUUAAUGCGUUGUUGAAUAUUUAUGGCAUCAAUGCAGAUACAUUAAGACAACAGGUCUGUGACGGUGAAUUGAAAGAAAUAGUGAAUCCAUCUAGCUCAGGUUCAUUACUUUAUUUAACAUCGAACUCAGCAUAUCUUAUUAAAACUGCGCGUGACUAUGAUGCAAAAUUUAUUCAACAAAAAUUUCUUCGCGCAUAUUAUGAACAUUUCCAACAGACACCGGGAACAUUUAUUGCAAAACUAUGUGGUGUUUAUGGUUAUAUACCGUAUAUUUCUCAACAAAUGGGUAUUACGGUUGAUUCGUUUACACUACGUUUUGUUAUAUUUUCCAAUAUUAUACCAACAAAUAUUGAUAUUCAUGAAAAAUACGAUAUUAAAGGUUCAUCGUAUAAACGCGAUGCUAAUUUUAGCGAACGAAUUAAAAGCUCAGCCACAUUUAAAGAUAAUGAUUUUCGUGAUUUACAUCCGCAAGGCUUAAAAAUUCCAAAUAAUAUUUAUCGUCAUUUGAAAGAUGUUCUUACGCGAGAUGUAAAAUUUUUAGAAAAACUUAAUAUUAUGGAUUAUUCAUUACUUUUAACUAUACACAACAUGGAUAACCCAAUUCCACCUAAACGUACUGGAUCAUUAGAAGCACUAAUGGGUGGUAUUCAUGAUACAAUGCUUGCCUGUAUGUUAGAACAAAAAAAUGAAAACAAUAAUAGUAAUACCAAUGAAUCAAGGUCAAACUUACGAAUAAGAAAAGCGAAUGAAGCUUUGGGUUUUAUGUACGAAGAAAUUCCGACAUUCGAUGUUGAAUAUGCUAAAGAAUAUGGCGGUAUACCAGCAAUAAAUGAAAAAGGUGAACGUCUUCUUCUUUUUUUUGGUGUUAUUGAUAUACUUCAAACAUUUGAUAUUUGUAAAGUAAUGCAACGGCAAUAUCAAACAGUUGAAAAUCCUGAUGUUGUUAAGGAACGUUCAAUUGUUGACGCAGUAUUUUAUGCAAAACGAUUUCAAGAAUUUCUUUUCGAUCGUGUUUUUCUUCCAGCUGAUGAUGAAUCGCUAACGGAUUCAAUUUAUUUAGCACCCUACCAACAGCAUACAUCUUAUGAACACGAUACAUGUGCUAUGCCUUCCGUCUAUCCUUCAUUGCAUGAUUUUUAUCAGUAA